AUGGACGACUCGCGCCUGUUCAUGCAGUGGGCGGUGAGCACACUGGAGCAGCAGGAUCCAGGAGGAGCCGACGGCGGCAGCGAGAAGAGCGCCUACUUCCCGAGUCCCCAGGCGCUCCGCGAUUCCGCGGAGCUGGCGGAAGCACAAAACAGUCUGAGCUCCGGCGACGACACGGGCGGCGGUGGAGGAAUCAUCAGCCCUGCUCCCGAUGCGGCUGUGCACGAAGGCAGUUGGUCCAUGUCGUCCCCAACCUCGGGCGGGCUGUUCGCUCCCAGCAGCAUGAGCAGCACCGGCACCAGCAACGCCCUGUCCAUGAGCUGGAACUUCGGCGCUGUCUUGCCGCCGCAGCCGGUCAGCAGCGGUGGCGGGGGCACGCUGGCCGCCGGGGUGCCGCUUGGUUCCUGCGUGUCACAGCCGACAAGGAGGGCAUCCACAAAGAGCACGUCGUACGCGCAAGACCACAUCAUGGCGGAGCGGAAGCGCCGGGAGAAGAUCAACCAGCGCUUCAUCGAGCUCUCCGCCGUCAUUCCCGGCCUCAAGAAGAUGGACAAGGGGACGAUUCUUACCGACGCAACGAGAUACGUGAAGGAGCUCCAAGAGAAGGUCAGGUCACUGGAGGCUGCCGGCGGCAACCAUAGGAGCGUCGAGACCGUGGUGCUCGUCAGGAAGCCGUGCCGCCCUGUCGCGCCAGACGUCGGCGAGAGCUCCGCACGGUUCCUCUUGGCGGCCGGGACGCCAGCAAUUGGAAACCAGCUGCCGGAGGUCGAGGCAAAGCUCUCGGAGGACAACGUCAUGGUGAGGAUCCACUGUGAAAUGAAUGGAAAGGGUCUGGUCGCCAGGGUUCUUGCGGAGGUCGAGGACCUCCACCUCCGCAUCGUCCACAACGAUGUGAUGCCAUUCACGGCGUCCACCGUGAUCAUAACCACCAUGGCAAAGGCAAGUUAUCAUCAGUAAUACUAGCUGGCGUACGUUAUCCACGUAUGCACACGUGCUCAAUUGGAAUCGUUAGCUUGAUGUGUACCCUGUAGAAAAUUCAAACCUAGUAGCUACUCUAGGCUAGUACCAUGAAAUAAUUGAAGGGGUGUGCCAUUGUUAGAACGUGUCUACAGCUCAAACUAAUAAAAAUGUUGUGGACGUAUGCAUCUCACGCCUAAAAACCAUAGUUAAUUUCUUCUCUCUCAUAUACACAAGGACGUGCGCUAGGUAAGGGUGUCGCCUACAAUGGCUGACUCGGUCUCAUCACGUAGGAUAGUUGUUGUUAAGACGACGGGGGCAGACGCUUGAGGGGAGUGGGGGUAGGACCCCCACUCAAAAUAUGAGAUUCCAAUAGAAUUUCUCUGUACUUUUAGAAUACAAAUGCUAAAACUCUAUGUAUUUAUACAAAAUGCCCCAUGCACUCAUACAGUUUGCCCUCAGUCAGAAACGUAGUUUGUAGGCCCACCCCUAGUUAAAAGUAUAUACUGUACUCUCAAGAGUCGGGCUAAUUAAGAGUCACACACUCACACUCUCUUUUGAUUGAAGGAUAAACAUAGGAAUUUUGCAAGAUUCUGGUCAAUAGGAAUUUUCCUAUUGAAACCCUUUCGUUCAUAGGAUUGAGGUUGCCAAAUUCGUAUGGAAUCCAUUCCUAUGCCCUUCAU